AUGAAAGUUUGGUACGAGGAUAAACCUAAAUAUAAGAAGGAAUUCGAGGUUCCACUCGAUUGGCUGUUAGAGACGCGUACGACUCGGUCCAGAUCUCGUUUCAUGCGAACGCUGAUGAAAUACUCUAAGCUGUACUGCAAGUACACGAAGUUGGCUGGAUUCAGGUACUUCGUGGAUUCGGAAGCAACGUGGUUCGACAGAACGCUAUGGUUCCUGGUAUACGCGGUCACGGUGCCUGCUAUGGUUUGCACGAUUUAUUACGGGUAUCUCGAAUUUAUGGAGAAUCCACUGUUCACUAGCGUUGAAACGGAAUACUUUCCCACAUACAAAUUAAAUUUCCCAGGCAUAGCGAUCUGCAGCAUCAAUCGAAUAAGUCGUCGAUCGGCGAUGGAGUUGGCAAACGAAAUCUUCGCGGCGAAUAUCUCUGAUUUACCCGUCGACGAGAUUCUCAACAUGAUUUCGCAACUGGGCGAUCUUUACGACUCGGAGUUCAAGCCGCAAAACCGGCUCUAUCGAAUCGACCAACUUCUCACUGUGUUUUACAAUGGCUAUUACAGCAUCACCGACAUAAUGAAACGAUUGACGCCACAAUGUUCCUCCAUGCUGUCGAAGUGUCGGUUUCAUGACGAGGAACGGAACUGUUCAGAGCUGUUCGCGUUCCGCAAGACGCAGGACGGCUUCUGUUGUACCUUCAAUUACGCGACUAAAGGGGACGACACGCAUUUGAACCGCGAGGUCAGUCACCGAGUGAAAUCGAUGAAGGUGCAAAAUUUGACCGAGAACGGCGGGCUGUCGGUAUUGCUGGAACCGUUUCUGGACGAUUACUUCUACCCUAUUUUCCCGAGCGCCGGCUGGAAGGUGACGAUCUUUAAUCCGUACGAUUAUCCGGACAUGACAAGCGGAGGCGUGAUCGACUUUCUAGUCUCGCCCAGGGUGCAUCGGAGCGUGGAGCUAGAGGCAAUCAUGUUUUACAGCAUAAGAAGUAUUAUGUCGUAUGCUCUGGAGAAACGCGAUUGUGUAUUCGAGGAUGAAAUGACUUCCCUUCGGAUGUUUUACACUUACAGCGACUGCAUCGUUGAUUGCAAGACGCAAGAUAUGUGGAAAAUCUGCAAGUGUAUACCUUUCUUUUUACCUAAUCGAGCUACGUGGUUUUCCGUGGUGCCACAUGAAAAUCUAUAUAAUAGCAAUGACAAUAUGGAUAAAACGAAUACAUUGUACUGCCAUAAUUGUUAUCCUGAAUGCAGCCAUGUGAAGUAUAAUGCGAAGAUGGCUAUGUCUGGUUUGGAGUCUAAUCAACACGUUGCCGAAGUUUUAACUGACGUGGAAAUCAAGAAUCAAUCACUGCUGACGAUAUAUUUUAACAACUUUGGUACGAUCAAAUUGAAGCAAGACGUGAUUUAUCGUUGGUAUGAAAUUAUGGCUUACAUCAACCAACAACAACAACAACAACCUCAUUUCCCACCAAAGCGACCUUUUUUAACUGUUUUCGUACUCUCACAACACACGUUUUUACAGUUGUGUGAAGCUAGCGGUAUUUGCGGCAUCUUCGUCGGUUUCAGCCUGAUCGUGGUCGUCGAGUUCGCUUAUUUCGUCGGGCUGUUCGUACUCGAGCUUUUAAAGGGACCAACUCCGACCGAUGGAAAAUGGGCCGAGAGCGAACAAACGCCAAUACAGUCAAUUUAUUGGGGCGAGUUGUAUUCGUACGCGAGAACGACAAAGAAUCAACGUGAUUGA